CUACCGGUAUAUGAUCACAUGUGUGGCUGAUGGGACUUGAGAGCUCCGCAGAAAAGUAUGAGAAUAACAAUGAACAAGUCAAAGUCUUUAGCCAGUCUGGAGGUUGUUGUUUGUUGGCUCUGUGGCAGAUGACAUCCAUCGUAAUAAAUCAUUCCACAGGAACGAGUCAACAGAGUUCAGUACACACGUGAGUGACCACUUGCGGAUGACUGGCCUUAUCAGCCAGAAAAACCUGGUGCAGUGGCACGCCACAGGAAUCUGCUCGCCAUCUUAUCAGCCUUUUACCAAGAAAGUCAAAAGACGAAACCCGAUUGGUGUGGAAGCCUUGUCUUUUUAUGCUGAUUGGUCGGGGGUCACUGAGUGGCAGGCCCAUCACAUGACAUCCACCCCUGCAGUGGACCAGUGGGUGGGAAAAAGACUCUAAAACAAUAAUGUUACACAAUAACCCCAGCUGCUCCAGCAGCAACAUGGUCGCCCCAGUGUUUACAAUCAGGAGGGUUAAUUUUCAAACAGUGUCGAUGAUAAGAGUAUGGCCUCAUUAUCGGCGUCCUCUCCAUGGGAGAACCACGCGGCUCCGCCGAUGGAGUAUCCUAAGCCGGGCCAGGUAGAGGUGACCUCACCGUCCGCCAACGCCGCCACGCUGGCAGUGACGGUGCUGAGGAAGAGGCUCCCGCACUGGGGCGACUUUGAGCUCUCGGUGGGGGGGCGCACUGGCACCAGUGUGUCUGAUGGGUCCUCCUCUCUGAGGGCCACCUGGUUCUGGACCAACACCAUGAACUACGUGGGCCAGCUGGCGGGCCAGGUGCUGGUCACGGUCAAGGAGCUGUACAAGGGCAUCAACCAGGCCACACUGUCGGGCUGCAUCGACGUGGUGGUGGUGCGGCAGCGCGACGGCACCUACCAGUGCUCCCCCUUCCACGUGCGCUUCGGCAAGCUGGGGGUGAUGCGCUCCAAAGAGAAAGUGAUCGACAUUGAAAUCAACGGGGAGCCGGUGGAGCUGCACAUGAAGCUGGGGGACAACGGCGAGGCCUUCUUCGUCCAGGAGACGGAGCAGCUCAACCAGAUCGUGCCGGCCCACCUGGUCACGUCCCCCAUCCCCACGGAGGGCCACCUGAUCUGGAUCAACGAGGUGGAGCGCCGGGCGGCCCAGCAGCAGCAGCACCUGGAGGACGACCCCGCCGACCCCGAGGACGCCCCCGAGCCCCACCACCCCACCAGCACCUCGGGCACCACCAAGAAGAAGAAGAGGAGGAGGAAAAAGCACAAGGGAGACCCCCGCCGCGAGGAGCUGACUCCGCCCAUGGCCCUCGUCUCGGCUAACGCUGCUAACGCUGCUGCUAACGCUGCUGCUAACGCUGCUGCUAACGUCCCCGCUCCGGCUCCUGCUGCUACGACCUCCAGCGGUCAGACUGAGGAGAUCUUUGAGAUGGAGCUGAGCUCGGACGAAGAGACGGCUGUUCUGACCCACGCCUCCAGGUCGCCAUCGAUGACCACGAUGCGGGACAUCGACCCCAAGUUGCCUGCAGCCAGACACAACCUAGACAGCUACCCCUUCUCCGACGGAGACUGGUCCAACGCAGACGGGCUGUCGCAGGCUUUUUCCCCCAAGAGCGACUCUGAGCUCCUGGUGAAGUCGUCGGUGAGCAUGCUCCGUGCCGAGUCCCACAUGCAGUGGACCUGGGGAGAGUUCCCUGAAGCCACCAGGGCGCCCAAGAAGGAGCGGUACGAGCUCCCCAAAACGGUGACCAUCACGCCGUCUGAGAGCACCCACUUCCGGGUCAUCCUCAGCUCCGAGGCGAUGCAGAGCGAGUUGGAGCCGGGGCCCCCCAAGAUGAUCGCCAGUGGCAUCGGCGGCGGCUGCGGCGACCGGCCCGCCUGCGCCAUCAUCAAGCCCCAGCCGCGCACCCCCACGAGCGCCGCCGUCGGGCCCGUCGUGCGCUCCCCCACCCCGGUCGACGUGCAGCCCCCCCUGACGCCCACGGAGCCCCUGGAGGCCCUGCCCCCCGGCGUGACCACGUCCACCCCCAUCAACGUCUCGGGCAGCCCGGGCAUGGCCCAGAUGGCAGGAGACGCGGGGGAUGCGAGCUCAAAGUGUGACUCGCCUUCCAAGAAGAAAGGCGUCCCUAAGAGGAGCCAGCACCAGGGCCCUGAAGAUAUCUACCUAGACGACCUGUGCGUACUUGAUCCGGACGUGGCUGCACGCUAUUUCCCUAAAAGUGAGGCGGAGGCAGCCACCAAGCACUGGAUGGACUCCGAGAUGGGCUCGGGCUCCCAGUCCCCCCAGUCGGUGGGCAGCGCCGCCGCCGACAGCGGCACCGAGUGCCUCUCCGACUCGGCCGGCGACCUCCCGGACGUCACCCUGUCCCUGUGCGGAGGCCUGAGCGAGAACGCCGAGAUAUCCAAAGAAAAAUUCAUGGAGCAUAUCAUCACGUAUCAGGAGUUUGCUGAGAGUCCAGCCAUCAUCGACAACCCUAACCUGGUCGUGAAGAUCGCCAAUAGAUAUUACAACUGGACGCUUGCUGCACCACUGAUCCUAAGCAUGCAAGCAUUUCAGAAGAAUUUGCCAAAGGCGACCGAGGAGGCCUGGGUGAAGGAGAAGAUGCCAAAGAAGUCAGGCCGCUGGUGGUUCUGGAGGAAGAGGGCCGACAGCACCGUCAAGCAGUCUGAGGCCAAGCUGGAGUCCAAGGAGGAGUCCCAGAUGGAGGGGGAGGACCGGCCCUCCCUGUCCCAGGAGCAGAAGCUGGCCAUGCAGCCCAAAGCCGGGGACUCGUCCAGUGACGAGGAGUCCAAGGAGGUGAGCGCCGCCUCCUGCCCAGAGAGGCUGCAGGGUCAGGGGGAGGCCCACGUGCACCCCAGCCCCCACGCCUACCGCAAGUCCCUACGCCUCUCCUCCAGCCAGAUCGCCAGCCUGAAGCUGAAGGAAGGGCCCAACGACGUGACGUUCAGCAUCACCACGCAGUACCAGGGCACCUGCCGCUGCGAGGGCACCAUCUACCUGUGGAACUGGGACGACAAGGUCAUCAUCUCCGACAUCGACGGCACCAUCACCAAGUCUGACGUCUUUGGCCAGAUUCUGCCACAGCUGGGCAAAGACUGGACCCACCAGGGCAUCGCCAAGCUGUACCACUCAGUCGCAGAGAACGGCUACAAGUUCCUGUACUGCUCGGCGCGGGCCAUCGGCAUGGCGGACAUGACGCGGGGGUACCUGCAGUGGGUCAACGACGAAGGCACCAUCCUGCCCCGGGGCCCGCUGAUGCUGUCUCCCAGCAGCCUCUUCUCUGCCUUCCACAGGGAGGUGAUCGAGAAGAAGCCGGAGAUCUUCAAGAUCGAGUGCCUCACGGACAUCAAGAACCUGUUCCUCCACAACAAGCAGCCGUUCCACGCCGCCUUCGGGAACCGGACCAACGACGUCUUCGCCUACAAGGAGGUGGGGGUUCCUGUGUGCCGCAUCUUCACCGUCAACCCCAAGGGGGAGCUGAUCCAGGAGCAGACCCGGGGGAACAAGACCUCCUACUGCCGACUGAGUGAGCUGGUGGAGCAUGUUUUCCCGCUGCUGAACAAGGAGCAGAACCAAGCGUUCUCCAUGCCAGAGUACAGCUCCUUCUGUUACUGGCGCCAGCCCAUACCUGACAUCAACCCCGACGAGCAUCUCUGAUCAUCAGAGGAGUGGGUUGGUCGUUCCGGUGCUGCUGGAUGAAGCCCCCCCCCCCCCGAGUGGCACCGGGGUUCCCAUGACAACGCACUUAAACGCUAGGCGUCUCCAAGGCGAGGGUCACGUUGUAGAGCGCCGCUAUGUGCCGCCUGAUUUAGCAUCAUCAGUUAGAUCUGUUUCAACUCUAAACAAGGAGGAGCUGAGGGUCCUGAAGCAAAUAAUAAAAAAAAAAAGAAUAGUUCACUAGAUUUUCUGCCAGCUAACCAACAAUAAUGUGAUCUUGCUGGUUUAUUUUGUUUAUCCUCCGUCUCCUCUCGAGUCGUGCUCCACGAAAGCGCUCUGAGGCUCUGGAGGAGCCCGAUUGAAGUGCUGAUGUUUCAUGUUUGGUUGCACUCACAACCCCCCCCCCCCCCCCCCCCCCCUCUCCUCACACCUCUGCUCCUCGGUGCAAGUUUUGGGCUGAGCGACAGCUCCGGGGUCGCUAGGGAGAUGACAGCACUAGGGUACGAUGCUAUCCAAGGCCUGGACGUAGAACUGUGUGCCGCGGGACGGGCAUAACGGUCUGAUAAGGAGAGAUGGAGGUUGUGUGAGAGGUUUAGACUCAUCGGUGUUUAGCCCGGUGUGUUAAAAGAAGACAGUUUGGAUAAUGUUUUUUUUGUGCGUGCGUUCACAAUCUUGUUAUCAACUCCCAUGUCUUUGUUCCCCCCCCCCCCAUUAACAAUGCAGUAAUUAUUUAUCUUAAUGUUAAGUUAUUAAUUAUUAUUUUUUGUACAUAUUUGUUCAACAGUGCAGAUUGUAAAUGCGUGAUUGUUUGAGUGCAGGUUAAUUUAAAGACUAGCGCUAAUCACCAGAGAUGGCUAGCUAUGGCUUAACGGUGUGUUUCCUAGCCGUUUCAAUUUUAAAAAAUGUCAGUGCUCUUUGUUUCCGUCUGCAGCGGUCAUGGGAGGUGAGCUCCUAGAGUCCACAGAAGUUUGCCAGCAAACCCCCUUCUGUGUGUGUCGGCGAGGUUAAAGUGGGCAUCGGUAACGUGUGUGUGUGUGUGUGUGUGUGUGUGUGUGUGUGUGUGUGUGUGUGUGUGUGUGUGUGUGUGUGUGUGUGUGUGUGUGUGUGUGUGUGUGUGUGUGUGUGUGUGUGUGUGUGUGUGUGUGUGUGUGAGAGAGAAAUCUAUGAUUACUUCCGUGAGGUCAUUUCAGUUUUAUUUUAUUUUCGAACGACCACUGGCCUUUGUCCGGCACUGGGUGUAUUUGGGUGGCAGCCUUUACCCAAACUUUGUAAGAGGUUAACGCAAAACAACACACACACACACACACACCACCACCAAGCCCCGCCUUAUCCGAAGCACUUUGCCUUUGCUGCACCCUCACCAACACAUAGGAUACCUUCAACGUUGCGCGUCUUCCGCCCACGUCUGCUUCACCCAACGAUGAGGCACCAGAGAACAAUGCUCUCGACGCUAUAUGUAUACGUUUCUUUAUAUUUGUUUUACUUUGCGUCCUCUAUCUACGCAUUUGCUGAGUGUGUUUUUUGUGUAGGAUAUAUAUGACACACAGCCUAUUGAUGCACUGUGGCUGGUUAGUUCUUCUCUUUGGUUUAAUUCAUAGGAAGGCAUACGGUAGACUCUAUAAGCAACCGCACACCGAUUCUAUGGUGAAUAAACAUCACCAGAUGUUGGCCUCGCAUCUCACAUGCGUCCUGUCAUCAAGCAGAGUGUGGAAAGCAUCGUUUUCAGCAUCGUUUUCAGCAUCGCCUGAUUGCAGUCUGGUGUAAUGAGGUUAGAAUAAUAAUGUGCGUGUGUGUGUGUGUGUGUGUGCGCGUGCACAAGGCCAAUCCGUGGCCGCCGCGAUAUUCAAAUAGGAACCAGGUUAAGGCGCGGCGAUUAGUGGGAACACUGGCAUCGAGGUGUGCUGUCGGCGUGAACAGCGACUACUUGAGAGGAACAUGAAGCACUUUGCGGCACUCGUGCACGCCCAGACGAGACAGCGGACGCUGGAGGUCUGGCUGUGGAAUCCCAAAGGUUCAGAGCCCCACCGGUGGUAUAACGGAAUGGGAAAGAGAAGGAAGAUCCACGCUAGGUGAGACGUUAGGGGGACUGAAGAAAAAAAAAAAAAAAAAGCACAGAAAUGUACGGUGACAGCUAUUCCUUCAUCUAGAAUUCAUUUGUUCCUUGACAAGAUGGGUAUUUGUGUGACAUGGGCAUUGAUUUUAUUUCUUUUUUUUUUUUGCAAGACAGGCAGGAUGGUUUUGGUUUGUGGAGCGUCAGAUGCAUGUUUGUCACAGUGGUAUUCUUUUUGUUUGUGCGUUUGUUUUUGAUGUAUGGUGAAGUCAAAUUGAUCUGAUAAAAAUAGAGAAAAAAACAAUUCCAUUCUUUCUAUGAAAGGGAUACAUCUUUGGUGGAACGUUCACAAUGCA